UCUUUAGUAUAACGUAAAGCCACCAACUAGUUACUUACCUGGUCCAUUUCCAAUCACCUAUAUUCCUACAAAAUUUCAUUUCACAUAUAUAUUUUUCAUCAUUUGUUUUUUCGUUGGGUCGUUUAAACAAACAAAUUAAAUUGUUAUUUUAACGAAUAAAAUAAUGGUCCUGAUGGAUUAAGAGUUUAGAAGUGAACGUUGAAUUUAUUUAACGUAAUUCAUACUUCCGGGUUUGUAAUAAUCAUCAUUCGGAAAAUAAGUGUAAAUAAUAAUAAAUAGAAAGAAAAAUUAAAAAAAAAAAAAAAAAAAAAAAGAAAAAUAAGUAAAUAAAAAGAAGUUCUAAAGAGUUUCCGAUAGUUGUUUGGAAGGAACGAUCCUUCUUCAACAGGACUCUAAGGAUACAAGUUAUCGAAAAUGAUUUGUUUGAAGAAUGUGAUCAAUGUCAUCGUAUUAUUAAACUUAGUAUUUUUUGGAUCCAUCAUUUGUCAAGAUUUCAAGUUGAAUGAUCCUGCAGUCAACGAGCCGGAUUUUGAAAUUCCGGAAUACGUAUUACCAUGUUCACAAAAGGAUCCCAAAAUUGAAGUAUGCGUGGCAAAAUUGUUUAACCAUCUGAAACCGUAUUUAGUGAAAGGAAUACCGGAAUUGGAUUUGCCAUCGAUCGAGCCAUUACUGAUACCGGAAUUGGGUAUGGAAAAUGGUCAAGGUGCGGUCAGAGUUAGCGCACUUUUUUCCAACAUUACCGUUUACGGUGCCGGCAAUUACAACACGACGAAAAUACGGAUGGAUUUGAAUACUUUAAGAAUCGAUCUUCAUCUAACCAUUCCCAAGGUCGAGUUGCAAGGUCGUUACGAAGUCGCUGGAAACAUUCUUUUGUUUCCCAUUAAAAGCCAUGGCGACUUUUGGGCAUUGUUUGGUGACAUAGCAGCAGUAGCACGUGCACAAGGAUCAAUAGAAAUACGUGAUGGUAUACGUUACAUGGAAUUAACUAAAUUACUCGUAGAUUUUAGUCUUGGACAUGCAAGAUUUCGCAUUAACGACGAAUUAAAUGGUAACAACGUAAUUGGCCAAGCGAUGAAUCAGUUUCUCAAUCAACAUGCGAAAGAGAUUAUCGAAGAAAUGAGACCGGCUGCUAGUAGUAGCAUUGCCAAACACUUCUUAUCAUUUCUUAACACGGCUUUAAAGAAGAUACCGCUCAAAGUUUGGCUACGUGACGUAUAAAUUUAUCCACGAUUAAAAUAUAUAUUUAUGUUUCAAUAAUGCAAUAACAAAAAUAAAA